GCUUAACCCAUUCGCAGCAUUGUUCCAAAAUUGGAACACGCGAUAUUUUGGGAUGUAGUUGAAUAGAUGGAGGCACAAGUAUUAAUCAGAACCAUUGUUAGCAAUUCACAGCAUCGGGAGCACCUGUUUUCAGUAAACUUUUUAGGUUAUUUUAUUUUUAAAACAAUUUUUUGUGUUAUUACUGGCGCGUAAACAAUACAAACUGCUGAAAAAU